UUCCCAUCUAUCCAUAACCAACCAUGUUCAUUCACCUCCAACUAUCAACAGGCAUCAUACCUAUCACUUACAGCGAAGGCAACACAAUUGCUUUUCACCUGAGAGGAUUCAAAAUUAAUUUCGGAUUCAUUUCGAUUGAAAGAUCACAGACAUUUUCUUUAACCAUGGACAUUUUCUUAUAAAAUGUGGAUAUUUCAAACUAGUUGAUUUCUUUUAGAAUUCGCUGCAGAUCGUUUCAAMGGCAUACUUUUUUGAUUGGCAACGUCUCAAUUGGGCACCGGGUAAUUUAGAUGAUGAUGAUGUCUAGGUUGCAGCUAUUGCUCCUGUUGUGGUGCGCCAUCGCCCUCACUUGGGCACCAGUCGCAUCCAGCGAUGUGAUGGAGAACUCUCUGACAGAUGUCCAUGAUGGAAUUAAAGAGAAACUAGAACAGACCGAGGGACCACUUCUGGAUGAUGAGAUGGACAACCAGGAGAACGUUUUAACUCAGCUGCUGGGUGAUUAUGACAAAGUGAAAACGCUGUCGGAAGGCUCUGACUGUCGCUGUAAAUGUAUUGUCAGACCCCUGAGCAGAAGUGCCUGCAGGCGGAUAGAGGAGGGUGCAGCAAAGGCCGAAGACUUUUACACAGUGGAGACUGUGACAUCGGGGCCCAAUUGUAAAAAGUGUGCAUGCAUAGCCCCGCCCUCUGCUCUGAAUCCCUGCGAGGGAGAUUACAGGUUCAAGAAGCUGCAGGAGGCGGGGAAAGAUGACAUCAAGCUCUCAACAAUAAUGGAGUUACUGGAGGGAGCGUUUUACGGGAUGGAUCUGUUAAAGUUACACUCGGUUACAACUAAACUUCUCAACAGGGUUGACAAUAUAGAAAAGACCUUUUCUCGUAACCACACGGAGAAGGAGAAAGUGAGUGUGAGGAGCCGCUCUAGUGAGGAGAAUGAGAGAGAGAAGGAGAGAAGAGCACAGCAGAGGAUGGAAAAGAGAAAACGUCUGACUGAGCUGGAGCCGUCCCUGCAGAAGGAUACGGCUGCAGCCUAUGCUAACACAGAGAAGAAGUAUGAGGAGCGCUACGUGGGGGCCAAGGGCCAGGGGGCCACCAGGCCCAUGCUGAAGAGGAGCCAGCCAGAGGACAGGGAGGAGCCCCAGUGGCCCCUGAAAGGCAAGGUGGGGCCCAACGGCAUGGUCAUCAGAGGGGUGACCUUCUACAAGGCCAACACAGUGGACGAUGGAGCCGGUGAAGAGCUCACAGCAGAGGAAGCCCUGAGCGGUGAUGGUUCCAUGGACCUACUCAUCGAUGACCAGCUACUGAGACCCACCCAGCCCAGACCUGUGGCAGGCCCCCCAACACCUGCAUCCCAAGACAGGAAGGGGAACCCAGAUGACCAGGCGACUGACACCCCCAAAACAGCCACUAGUCCCCAAAGGAAUCCCAUUACAUCUGCCCCUGGAGCUACCGGGACACCAUCAACCACUGUUUCCAUCCCGACCACCACCACCAUUCAAACAAACACUAACACAACGGUUGCGACCACCACAACCACCAUUCAACCAGCGACUACCACAACCACCACUCAACCAGCGACUACCACAACCACCACUCAACCAGCGACUACCACAACCACCACUCAACCAGCGACUACCACAACCACCAYUCAACCAGCGACUACCACAACCACCACUCAACCAGCGACCACUAGAAAACCUGAAACCGUGUCUGUAUUGACCACGUCUCCAACCACUGCACUGCAAAAUGUCAACAGCACCACAGCCCCGACAAGCAAGGUGACUAGUGCGCCCAGACCCAAGCAUCACAUCAGCUGGACAGAGGGCCACUCAGAGGUUCCCUCGGCGACCCCUAAAGUCCCUGGCCUGUGCAAAGACACUCUGGCCACCAUCUCUGACCCAGUGACCCAUAAUACCUACGGCCGGAAGGAAGGUGCCUGGAUGAAGGACCCGAAGGGCAACGGAAAUUUAAUCUAUGUCACCAACUACUACUAUGGCAACAACCUACUGGAAUUCCGCGACAUGGACACCUUCAAAAAAGGACGCUUCACCAAUUCCUACAAGCUGCCGUACAACUGGAUCGGCACGGGUCACGUCGUAUACAACGGAGCCUUCUACUACAACCGGGCCUUCUCCCGUGACAUCAUCAAGUUUGACUUGCGUCUACGCUACGUUGCGGCCUGGACAACGCUGCAUGACGCAGUGUUCGAGGAGGAGGAGGACACCUCCUGGAGGUGGCGAGGACACUCGGACAUCGACUUUGGGGUGGACGAGAGCGGCCUGUGGUUGGUGUACCCUGCGCUGGACGAGGAGGGCUUCCACCAGGAAGUAAUCAUGCUAAACCGUGUGAACCCAGCUGACCUCAGCCUCCAGAGUACGUUCAGAACAGGCCUGAGGAGACACUUCUACGGAAACUCCUUUGUCAUCUGUGGCGUCCUGUACGCGGUGGACAACUUUGAGCGUAUCCACGCCAAUAUAUCCUACGCCUAUGACACGCACACACACACCCAGAUGAUCCCCAGAUUACCGUUCACGAACAACUACACGUACACAACGCAAAUCGACUACAACCCCAAGGACAAAAAGCUGUACGCAUGGGACAACGGUCACCAGGUGACCUACGAUGUUAUAUUUGCAUAUUAAAAGCCGUGGAGUAGUGAUAAAAUAAAAAGGGACCAGCACUUUUUUUGUAUAAAAGUUUUUUUUAAAUAUAUAAAAAAAUUGCCUUAGUGGAUUGUAGAGCAGUCUACAGGGCCUUUGUGUUGUACUGUAUAAUUCACAUUUUGGUGCUCUGUCUUUUAUUGCUCAAAAUGGCUCCCGUGUUGUCCCGGCGCAUGUUGUAUUUUAUAUAAUGGUCACGGUCUUUAACUGCCCAAAGGGCAGCAGGCAAGAUCAUUCAGCGAAGCAAGACAAGGUAUUUUCUUACUGCUUGUUAGAAGUUUAAAGUGUAUGUUGUAUAUACUUGAAUUAAAAAUAAAACUGUUAAUAAAAUAUGCAUUCAAACAUGAAUGCUGACACACAAACAA